AUGAAAAGGAUCGGUCUAAAAGUACUAGGGGUCUUCAGAGGUGCUGACCUAUAUGGGAAGACUAUUACGUUACAUUAUAAAGGGGAAGGCACGUUCAAGACUUACUGUGGAGGAUGUGUUAGUGUAGUGAUAUAAUCUGACUCUGUUUGUUUUAUGCUAUUUUUCUUACAAGAGCCAUGAUUAGAAAGGAAGAGAUAACAUUUACUACUAACAAUAUUGUUAGGGAUGUCUCUGUUGAUCUAGAUGCCCAUAAGCCAGCUGAGAAAGGAUUUUCUAUUGCUUUUGGAUUCAGAGACCAAGAUCUUUCAGUCCUUAGUGAUAAUGCAAAAAGGUAUUUCAAAAUCUGGGCUAAUCAAUUUUCGAGACAAUUACACAGCGAUGGAACCAUCACUCAUACCAAUACCGAGCUAGAACUUGUUGAUUGUAAGGAUCAUUUCCCUUACUAUAAUAAAACGUUACUGUCAACCUUCAAAAUCGAUAAUUUUGCGUGUAUAAAGCCAUUAGAUUAUGAGAUCACUGGCAACGCCUACACAGACAGUGCUAAAUAUGUAGAGAUUUUUGUACAGAUAUGAGACUUUGAUGAGAGAAGCGAUUGAGAAUACUACGAUAUUAUUGAAAAUUUCCUCCUUAAUGCGCCCUUUGAUGUUGUGAUGAUUGAUAGUUACUUUGAUCUUGAGAAUUAUACAGACCCAGUUCAGACAUAUCUCGAUAAGAAGGAAUAUUUUCUUACUCUUGGAACUAAAACUUCAUCAACGAUUACCAUCAAAGAGAACAACAUUGAGACAUUUGAUGAUUACUCUCUUAUCAAAGGAAAGAAGGAUUACAAAUUUUAUUCAGUCGAAAGUGAAAGAAAUUCUAGAAUUAUUACUCCUGGUGAUUUGAGACUUGCAGAAGCGACUCUUCAGCUAGAUCCAGGAAUUCAAAACAACAAGAGAACUGUGUUCAAUAUCCUUGACUUGCUUUCAGGAAUUGGGGGUCUAUUCAGUCUUAUCCAAUCAUUUGCAGGUGUAGUUGUAGGCAUCUUCGCUGAAAAAAUAUUCAAGCAUUCGGUCAUAUCUAAGCUGUACACUUGAGACAUGGAAGAAGAGAAAAGUGACCCUGACAAACAUAAAGAUUCAAAGCUGCCGAGUGAGAGCGAACUAAAUAAUGAAGAGGGUUCUAACAGAAGAUCAUUGAAUAACAACUCUGCUGAGGAGGGGAAGAUAGAAGAAGAGAAAGAACCGAAAAAUACCUCCAGAAAAUUUGAAGAACAAAAGUGCAUGGGUAAGAAAUCUACAAUCCAGACUCUGAGUGAUGAGAAAGCAGAGAUAUUAAUAGAGAAGUUGGCACAACGAAGAAGGUACAAUUAUAGUCCACUAGACUGGCUGUAUGAGAUCUUUUGUUGUUGAAAGACGAGAAAACUUUGAAGAAGGAAAUAUGAAAAUGCACAACAUUUUUCAAAAGGGUCUGAUAAAUAUGAUUUAGAUUUGGAUGUCGUUAACAUUAUCAGCAACAUUCAUCAGAGUAACACCAUGUGGAAAGCUAUUUUUGAUGAAAAUCAAAGAGCUUUAGGCUUGUACUCGAAUGAUAGGUCGGUUGGAUGCAUUGAUGUGAGUAUCAGGAGUCCCUUGAAAAAUAUCAAAGGUCUUAGAUGUACAAAUCUUUUAGAAGAUAAUGAUGCAAUUUGAAAGCUAGUACAAAAUCUUAAUAAGUCAGGAAUUAGCCAAAUUGAUCUUGGAUUGAUUGAUCAGAUUGGUAGUUCUAAAAUUUUAUUUCAGAGUGACUCUCAAGACUACGGGGUUGCCAAGGGCUCGACUUAUCAAACUCAAGGAAAGCAUAAGAACAAGAAGGAAGCAAGUGAAAUAGUCUCAGAAGAUGACAUCCAGCUCCAAUUUGAGAGCAAAAAUUCAAUUGACAAUGUCAUUUUACCCAAAGAAACCCCACCUAACAGACAAGCAAGUCUGCUGCUUCAGGCUAGCCUGGCUCCAAACUUUUACAAAGAUAAGGAAUAAACCCGCCAAA